GCUCGACGACGGCGGAAAAAAGUAAAAACACUAUCGUUUGUCAAUAAUAACAGUCGCACGCGCGAUCCGUUCUUUUUUCAAACUCAUUUCUAAUUCGGGUACUGUGACAAGCGGACGUUUCCCCGCUGCAGUCGCUGGCCGCACGCGAAAAAGAAGAAAAAAGUCGGCGGAUGGCGCGAAAAAUUUACAUGCAAUUUUAGCGGUUGUGUCGUAUUGAUUAAUAGCUGCGUUCAUGUUGUAAUAGUAAUGAGUGUGUGUGGCUGGUGAUGGCCGCCUAGUCGCGGUCAUGGCUCGCUCGGGCGCGGUGCUGCGGGCGCUGGCCUGCUGUCUGCUGCUGGCCAGCGCUGAGGGGUACAGCCAGAGAGAGUGCGGAGUCCCCUUGCGGCGGCACACGCGGCAGCCGCGGGACCGGAGCCCCGGCCAGCGCGACCGCAGCCCCGGCCAGCUGCGCAUCAUCCGGGGCAGGGAGUCUAAGAGAGGAGCCUGGCCUUGGCAGGUGUCGCUGCAGCUGCUGCACCCGAACUUCGGUCUGAUUGGCCACUGGUGCGGCGCCGUGCUCGUGCACCCGCGCUGGCUGCUUACCACCGCACACUGCGUGCACAAUGAGCUGUUCAACCUGCCGGUGCCGGCGCUGUGGACGGCGGUGCUGGGCGAGUGGGACCGCGCGGAGCAGCGCGGCGCCUUCGUGCCCAUCGAGCGAGUGGUCCUGCACCAGCGCUUCCACCACUACCAGCAUGACAUCGCUCUCAUGAAGAUGACGAAGCCGGCGGACGUGAGCCCGAGCAGCCGCAUCCGCACGAUCUGCCUCCCGCCGUACGAGCCGGCGCCGGCGCUGGACCAGUCCUCCGCCUUCUACAUGCGCCUGCAGCAGCCGGAGACCACCACCCGGCGCCGCCCCGCCAGGCCACCUAAACCCGACCCCGACAGCGCAUUAAAAUACCUUGAGAAGUUAAAUAACCUCACGAAGACUGUGUUCUCAGGGUUCUUCAACAAGAAGAACAAAAACAUGAGAUACAACGUCCGGGUCAACAGCGACUCCCACAAACAAACAGACAGAAAGACUGAGGAUGUGAAACGUGACAGUGAACGCAAGCACAGUGACAUAGUGUACGACAGUGCCAGCUUAGACAGUGUAGUGAAACUUAUUAAGAACAAGAUAGCUAAAGACAAAAGGAACUCGGUGACUGAGCGUAGUGAUAAGAAGCUAGCGUUUGGUGAGGAGAUAGACCCGUUUAUUGAGGAGACGAAUGGGGUGGACGUGAAGGAGGAGUGCUACGCGACGGGGUGGGGGCGGCAGCAGACGGACGGGAACCUCACGAGCGUGCUGUUGGAGGCCGAGGUGCCGGUGCUGCCGCUGCGCGCGUGCCGCGACCGCUACGCCCUCACGUUGCCGCUCAACGACGGACAUCUGUGCGCCGGCAGCACUGAUGGGAGCACCGGCGCUUGUGUGGGCGACAGCGGCGGGCCGCUGCAGUGCCGCGCGGGCGGGCGCUGGGAGCUGCGCGGGCUCACCUCGUUCGGCUCGGGCUGCGCGCGCGCCGGCGUGCCCGACGUCUACACCAACGUGCGCCACUACGUCGCCUGGAUCCACCACCAUAUGUAUGAGGAUAUUGACUAACCAGAGGGUCUAGAUUAGGUUUAUUGUAGGUUUUUGGCCGUUCGAGCAGUAAUGUCGUUGUCCUAAGGUACCAUAGUGGUACAGAGGGCCUUCACGAGAGUGCGCCACGAGCAGUGAUAAUCAACGAAAAUUUAAGCGAUGCGUUGCCGCUACCGCUGAGUGACGACUAUCUCGUUUACUCGCCAACAUUCGAAUGGUGUAAUAACUUGCAUGCUAAGGCAGCUGGAUCUACAGCUGAUAGUGACUGAGGAUGUAGGUUGGCUUAGCU